AUGGACUCGAUCAAGACUUCCGAGUCCAAUUCGACCGCAUAAUCUUCGCUCACGCGUCAAUGGCGGGGCUAUAAACUCACCAGUCACGACCCAGCGAGCCUCCCACACGGAUCCACUCCACCGGGUCCACUCGGCCUCAUGGCGGUGCCAGAGGCGGCGUCCUCCUGCGACGGCAGCGGCGCGCGCAUCACGCUGAACUGCAGCCACGGCGGCCGCUUCCUGCCCCUCGGCCCCGGCGGCGCGCUGCGGUACGUGGGCGGCGAGACGCGCGUCCUCGCCGUGCCGCGCGCGGCGACCUUCCGCGACCUGGCGGCGCGGCUGUCGUCGGAGGUGGCCGGAGGCGCGGAGGUGCGCGCGAUCAGGCACCGCCUCACCGACGAGGGCCUCGAGGACGUGAUCGUGUCGGUCACCUGCGACGACGAGCUCGCGCACAUGCGCGACGAGUACGACCGCCUGCGCGCCACGAGGCCAGCCGCGAGGUUCCGGGUUUACGUCACCACCAGCGAUUCCGCCGGUCCCGGCGGCGGCGGCGGCUUCCAAGGGCGGAUAGCUGCGUCAGGGCUCCCACCCCUCGCCCCGAAGAUGCGGCGCGUCCAGAGCGUGCAGGCGCAACUGCACCGGCGCUGCCUCGCCUUGCCAGCACCGAUGCGGCGCAUCCAGAGCGCGCAGGAGAUCGCACGGGCCACCCACGUCCAGCCGUCCUUCCGCCACCGGCGCCAGCAGGAGUUCUGCCGCAACAGUCAGCGCCGUGACCUGUGCGCGGCCGCGCCGCCGCCGGCGCGUCCGGUGGACGCACCGCCCUGCAUGUUCAAGAAAGUACCUGCUCCUUCGGUGCCCGCGGCGAUGGCAACAGGUCGGGUGGUCUUCACCGAUGCCGCAAGGGAGAAGGCGAGGAGCAGAGGCGUCCAGGCGGCCAUGGAGAACAGAAGAGCGAUCUGGGAGUUAGCCAGUUAGGGCUUAGAUUGUGUUGACGGUUAUUGCCAUCGUUGACUAGUGCAGAAGCUGUAAAUACAGAUUACUGUGUAAAUACAGAUUCUAAAAUACAUAUUAGUACUUUACCAUUUGUUGUUUAUU